UAUACCUGCCACAGAAGUGGGCUGAAGAUACCUUCUCUGCCAGAUCAGGAAUGCCACCUGUUCUUGGGAAUAUACUUUAGAGAAAGGAAGGGACAAAACACCAACUUGGCUUUCUGAAACUGAAGCAUAAAUUUUCUUUUCUUCCAUUUGUCUGGAUCUAAGAACCUGAUUUGGUAUUAGCUCGUGGAAGCAGUAUGUAUGGCCGAAGUGCGUUGCUGCAGCUGGUAGCAUGAGUGGUGGCCACCAGCUGCAGCUGGCUGCCCUCUGGCCCUGGCUGCUGAUGGCUACCCUGCAAGCAGGCUUUGGACGCACAGGACUGGUACUGGCAGCAGCAGUAGAGUCAGAAAGAUCAGAGCAGAAAGCAAUUAUCAGAGUGAUCCCCUUGAAAAUGGACCCCACAGGCAAACUGAAUCUCACUUUGGAAGGUGUGUUUGCUGGUGUCGCUGAAAUAACUCCAGCAGAAGGAAAAUUAAUGCAGUCCCACCCUCUGUACCUGUGCAAUGCCAGUGAUGACGACAAUCUGGAGCCGGGAUUUAUCAGUAUUGUGAAGCUAGAGAGCCCGAAGCGAGCCCCUCGCCCCUGCCUGUCACUGGCCAGCAAGGCCCGGAUGGCAGGGGAGCGAGGCGCCAGCGCUGUCCUCUUUGACAUCACUGAGGACCGAGCUGCUGCUGAGCAGCUGCAGCAGCCCCUAGGACUGACUUGGCCUGUGGUGCUGAUCUGGGGGAAAGACGCUGAGAAGCUGAUGGAGUUUGUAUACAAGAACCGAAAGGCCCACGUGAGGAUUGAGCUGAAGGAGCCCCCGACAUGGCCCGAUUAUGAUGUAUGGAUCCUCCUGACUGUGGUGGGCACCAUCUUCGUGGUCGUCUUGGCUUCAGUGCUGCGCAUCCGGUGCCGGCCCCGCCAGAGCAGACCGGAUCCCCUUCAGCAGCAAACAGCCUGGGCCAUUAGCCAGCUGGCCACCAGGAGGUACCAGGCCAGCUGCAGGAGGGCCCGGGCCGAGUGGCCAGACUCAGGCAGCAGCUGCAGCUCCGCCCCAAUGUGUGCCAUCUGUCUGGAGGAGUUCUCCGAGGGCCAGGAGCUCCGGGUCAUUUCCUGCCUCCAUGAGUUUCAUCGGGCCUGUGUGGACCCCUGGCUGCAGCAACAACGGACUUGCCCCCUCUGCAUGUUCAACAUCGUAGAGGGAGAUUCGUUUUCCCAGUCCCUGGGUCCUCCCCGCUCUUACCAGGAACCAGGCCGGAGACUCCACCUCAUUCGCCAACAUCCUGGCCAUGCCCACUACCACCUUCCUGCUGCCUACUUGCUAGGCCCUUCCCGGAGUGCAGCGCCGCGGCCCCCGAGACCCAGGCCCUUCCCGCCCUCGCAGGACCCAGGCGCAGCCCCUCGGCACCACCAGCCCUCCAGAGCGGCACAUUUGCGGGCCGCCAGCAGCGAGCAGCAGCGCCUGGCAGUGGUGCCACAUGCCUACGCACAGGACUGGGGACUGGGCCGCCGCCUCCGGUGUCCCUCUGGGCACGCUGCCCCCUGCCCAGUGCCCUCGCACCGGACCCGGCCUCACGACAGCAGUGGCUCAGGAGAAAGCUACUGCACAGAGCGCAGCGGCUACUUGGCAGAUGGGCCCGCCAGUGACUCUAGUUCUGGGCCCUGCCAUGGCUCCUCCAGCGACUCAGUGGUCAACUGCACGGACAUCAGCCUGCAGGGCGUCCAUGGCAGCAGUUCCACCUUCCGCAGCUCCCUCAGCAGUGACUUUGACCCCUUGGUGUACUGCAGUCCCACAGGGGAGACCCCGAGGGAGGAGGCCCGGCCCUGUGUGACCACCCGGCCGCGUUCCCUGGACUCCCUGGUGCCCAUGGGGGAAGCCCCGCUUUCCAGUCACAUCCACUACCACCGCCACCGUCACCACCACUACAAAAAGCGCUUCCAGUGGCACGGCAGGAAGCCCGGCCCAGAAACUGGGGCCCCCCAGCUCAGGUCGGCUGUUUCACGGACACAGCCCCGGUCAGAGCCACUGGCUUUGGGGCAUCUGCACAGCCCACUGCAGCCCAGGGCCCUCCCGGAGCCCGUCCCCGCCCCCGCCCCCGCCCCCACCAACCCUGCCAACCCCCAUCCUGGCAGCCCCUUCCACGUGCAGAAACCCAGCGCCCCCAUCAGACACCCACAUCGGAAGCGCCGGGGGGCCUCUUCAUCCACAGAGCCUGUCCUCUCCUCUCGUUCCCCCCAAGACUUGACUGCACACGCGCCUUGCCAGAUUUUCCCGCAUUAUGGCCGGGGCCUGGCAUACCCUUGGUCCCCAGAGGCCCACCCGCUGAUCUUCAGACCUCCGGGCCUGGACAGGAGACUGCUGCCUGAGCCCCCAGACCCCUGUUACUCAAGUUCACAUCCAGUGUGGCUGUGUCUGACUCCACGCCAGAAUCUGGGGCCACCCCAGUCUGGGGAGGGGCCUUCUGAGUGGAGUUGUGGUGCUUCUGAGGGCGGACCAUGCCCUUACCCACACUGCCCGGUGCAGCCAGCCCAGCCUGGCUCAGAGGAGGAGCUGGAGGAGCUGUGCGAACAGGCUGUGUGAAAUGGCCAGGCUUAGCUCCAACCAAGACUGCUCUGGACAACUUGGGACCCGACCUGUCAUAGAAUCCUGCUCCUGAGCGAAGGAAGGACCUCAGAAGACCCACCCCUCUUUUUGUUGUACUGCUGGAGCCACCAAAAGAGGAACAGUGUUGGUGGGCUCUGAGGGUGACAAGUCUGUGCCCAGCCAGCACCCCGCUAUGUGGGCUGGCUCCCACGAAGGCUGUUUUCUUAGAGCGGGAAGCUCGGUAUGGGUGGAGAGGUGUUACAAAGGUGCUGCUCCUUCCCCCAGUCCCAGGCCGAGGGUCACAGCAGCAAAGGGUCCAGCUGAGUGACCCUUUCUCACCUCCUUCUUCGGGUGUAUACUGAUGUUAGCCCCUCCCCUGCAAGGCUGCUGAAUCAUUUUCCUUCAUUGCAAAAGGAUCCAGAGCAUAGGUGAGCCCUGAUCCCUGAGCCUUAACAAAGGGGGCCUCUGCAGCUUUUCCAAGCAGUGCCUGCCUGGUGCAUAAGGGGGGAUGUUUUUCCCUUCCGGUCCUUAGUUCUCAGACUAUUCUAUUGUCAGAGGAGAGACUGUAGAAAGCCAGGGUACAGGAUAUUGUCCCUGAAAUCUGUUUUCUUCAAACUCCUUUGUCACCUCAGGAGUCCUAUUUUUUGAGGGCUGGGGUGGGGAGAGUAAUGGAGGAAUAACUCUCCCUGGGAGAUCUCCUGAAUAAAAAUUAUAAAUAGACCAGAUGGAGAUGCAGAGGAAGUCUGGACUGGGCAGUUGGUACCAAGUGGGCAAGGACCAAGGGGCCUCCUUAGGGUAACAUUAACCCCAGGGCAGCCUGACCAUUGUUGGCCCCUCAGGCACUAUCCCAUUUGGAAUGUGGAUGUGUGGGAGCAAAGUGGACAUAGAACCCUACCUGAGAAUCAGCCCUCAGUCAGUGGGGAACUAGCACCUAGGCACCCACAUGUGGGUAUUUAUAUCUGAACCAGACAGAAAGAUGCUUG